UGGGUGUGCGAGUGAGUUGUGUGGUAAUUUUUUUUUGUUGGUUGCUGCCAGGUCCUGGGUCGGACUUCUCCCUGCAGGGCCGCGGGGAGGAUUUUGCCGAAGACCGGACGGAAAACUUGGGUCGUGGGUGUGGCUUGUCCGGGCCGCAGUAAUUAGUCUAGACCAGGCUUGAGUAUUAUGGCGCUAUCCGUAUGUGUGCGCCUCGAUCGAAAACUGGAUUGCGAAUCUUCAGUGCGUUUGGGAUCCAGCAGCAUCGUGGCGUGGAAUGGAUGCCCAUCGGUUGCUGCGUUGGUCCGUGUUCCAAUCUACGUAGCCUUUUGGCUAGCGGCAGGGACCGCUCGGAAGCGGCCAAUAGUUCCCACGAGGUGCCUCUGCCUACCUACCGGUAGUUUACCUAUCCGCCCCUCCAUUGCAAAGCGCCUGGGUAACUCACGCAGGAGGGAGAAAGAAGUACCUGGGUAUCUUGGCCGUAAGGUGGUGGUGAUGGUGCUUCUGCUGCACCCUCUUCCUUUGCUGCUGCCGAAUGUUGAUGUUACCAUACCACACGUCACCGCAUUCAAGUGCCCCUUACAAAGUGCCUGGGCGUCCUUCAUCUUCCCCGCCCGCAUGCAUUGGCGACAUUGCGAGUGAACAGCUGGAUGUUCUGGAAUGGGGUGUCUUGUGAUCGGGUAUCUAAUGGUGCCUUGCGUGAGACUGAGAGGAGGCCAAAGUGGAGUCUUUUU